CAUGUUGUUUUUAGAGAGGAGCAGAAGGCAGGAGAGUGUCUGUGAGAGUCAAUCCUCAUUCUGACCCUGUCAUUCAAAACCACCAGCGUUGACUCCAGAAUGGGUGAAGACUCCUCUCACGCCGAGCGAAGCACAGCAAACUUACCCAGGGAGGAAAGCACCCCGACACCACCAGCUCCAGAUGCUCAGGAUGCUCAGGAUCUCCUCAUUCCCAGCUUCAGUCCUGGCUCGAUGCCCUCUUCCCCCGUCCACACCCUUUCCCGCCUGGGCUCCAAGUCCCCGACCAGCCCCACAGCCCCUGGCGGCCAGGUCAGCGCCAUCACGGUGAUGGCUCUGCUCGACAAGCUGGUGGUGAUGAUCGAGUCUGUGCAGGAGAACCAGCAGAAGAUGGAGAAGAAGCAGGCCGAGCUGGAGGGGGCGGUGAGGAUGGUGCAGGGUGAUGUGACCCGGCUCACCAAGAACCACAUGUCCACCGCCAACAGCGUGGGCAAGCUGCUGGAGCGCUCGCGCAAAACUGGCAUCAAUGUGAAGGAGGUGAGGGAGCGCCUGGAUAGACAGAGCAGCCAGGUGAAGCGUCUGGAGGCCAACCACGCCCAUCUGCUCAAGAGGAACCACUUUAAAGUGCUCAUCUUUCAGGAGGACAGUGAAAUCCCCUCCACUCUGCUUACUAAAGAUGGCCUGACCUCCACCUCUCAAGAUGAGAUCGGUCCAUCUGCACCAACUCCGCUCACUGAUUUAAACCGUUCUCAAGAAGAAGGCCUGCAGACCAUCAGCCUCACCUCCGAUGACGACGAGGAAAAAGGUGCAACGAGUCCUCUGGCAGAGGGUGGUGACGAUUCAUUAGAUCUGCAUGAAGAGAGCUUCCCAGGCUUGGGAAGCGAACAUCUGGAGCGUUCUCGUGCUGACAAGUUCAAGCGCUCCAGUCUGAAGAAGGUGGAUAGUCUAAAAAAGGCCUUCUCACGAAGCAGCAUCGAGAAGAAGAUCAACAAGAUCGUGCCUCCAGAACAGCGCGAGAAGAUCAGGAAAAGCUUCAUCCCCAACCAUCCAAAGAGCCCCUCUUCCAAGAGCUCAUCCUUCCAUGUCUCUCCAAUGACCUUCAAUGUAAAGAAGGUACGAAAUGGAGAUGCUGACUCCUCCCAGCAGCCUGGGAGCUCACCGAGGAACCUCAGCCCGGUGGAAGUUCCCAACAUUGGGGGACCUGAUGGUGAGCUGCCCCUGGCUGAGUUACACUCCUCAGGUGAGAAAACAAAUGGAGAUGACCUUCGCAGCCCUUCCACCCCGGGCAGCGGGGAUGGAGAGGUGUUCAUCACAGAUGAGGGUGGAGAUCUCGAGAACGGUCCAUCUGCAACCCUGGCUGAAGAAGAAGUGGCUAACGAAGAUGAUGACACUGAUGGUAAUGAAGAAAACGGGAAGGAGGAAAAGGCUGAGGAGAAAGAUGCGAGACCUGCAGAAGAAGCGUCCGUGUCUCCGCUGUCGACUGCAGCUACUGUUGAGCUACCUUCUUAGAUAUAGCUGUGUUUCUACUCCUCUGACUUCAAUCCACUUCUGAGACUUUGGGAAGCGUAGUUACUCCCUUGUGUCACUGUUAUAUUGUUCCCAAGCUUGUUUAAUGUUAGCAUGUCUGCUAAAAUAACAUAUUGCCCUGAAUUAAUCCCUAAUAUAAUGUAACUAUAACAUAUUGUGUUAAAUUCAGAAAUUAAGCACAUUCUUGUAGGAGGAAAUUCCUUUUAGAUUCCAUUUCAAAUAGAUUCUGU